AGCUACCAUGUGCACUGGGAAGUGUUCGAAGUGCAUUGGGAUUGCCCUGUUCCCACUGGCAGCAUGUGCCAUAGUCUCCAACAUCCUCCUGUACUUCCCCAAUGGACGAGUUCUGCAGCUCAGCGAGAUAACCGAUCUGGUCUGGUUUUUCCAUGGUAUUCUGGGAGCUGGGAUACUGGUUCUUUUGCCGGCAUUCAUGAUGCUGGGAGCUGGUGGAGCAAGAUGUUGUGCUAACAGAUGUGGGAUGCUGCUGUCAGUGGUCCUGGCUGUACUGGGAUUUGCGGGAGGGGCAUAUUGUGCCGUCAUCUCCUCGCUGGGGCUCAUUGGGGGCCCUCUGUGUGACACAGGUGAUGGAGAAUACCUCUACCCUUUCAGGAAUGACACUCUGCAAGAAAAUUAUUUGUUCAACCAGACAACAUGGAGCAUUUGCAAAGAACCUGAAAACAUCAUCCUUUGGAACAUUGUCCUUUUCUCUAUUCUCCUGGCCAUUGGUGUGAUUGAAGCUAUUCUUUGUUUUAUUCAAGUCAUCAAUGGACUUACCGGCUUCAUAUGUGGCACAUGUAUGAGGAGAAGAAAGACAAAUAUUUCUGGAAUGUGAAUGACCUACAGGGGAUGCCAGGACAAGCUUCAAGCUGCAA